AUGGAAUCUAACAUCACAUUCCUAGCGUUCAUUGCUUUAUCUGUACUACCCAUACAAAUACUCGCAUUCCCUGCUAAAGCUUUCGAGGCAACUGCUAUGAACUCCAAAAUCGCUUCAAAGACGUGCAAACGCAGCUCACCUGGUUUAAACGCUGCUGCUCAAAUUAUCAAUGUAUCCCGGGAGCAUGCGUUUGUGCCCCCCGGCCCCAAGAUAUGGUGGGUUCAUCCUUCAGACCUCCGCAUUUUUUGUGCUAUACGAGGUCCUUGUCCAGGCUUGAACGCGUUAGCGAACCAUGGCUUUAUACCUCACAAUGGAUUUGCUACCAUUUCUCAAAUAAUUGAUGCCAAUGAAAGAGUAUUUGGAAUGGGAGCAGAUUUGGCUAUAUUCCUCACUGUCUACGGCCUUGUCAUGGACGGCAAUCCUCUCUCUCUUAAUCCAGGUUGGAGCAUUGGUGCAAGCCCCACUCAAGGACAAAAUAUUCUCGACAACCUCUUUGGUCUACUUGGUGCCCCUCAAGGGUUAAUCGGCUCGCACAAUAAAUAUGAAGGCGAUACUUCACCCACUCGCGGCGACCUUUUUGUCUACGGCAACGCCUGGGUCCUUCAAAUGCCUCACUUUCAAGAACUAUUUGAUCUACAACCAGAUAAAGAAACUGCCAAUUACGAUAUUGGGGUCAUGUCGCAGCUUCGCCAAAUCACUUUCGAGAGAAGCGUUCGCACGAAUCCGUAUUUCUUUUAUGGUCCGUUUGUGGGCAUGGCGGUCAGUAAUGCGGCGCAGAGUUUUAUUUAUAGAUUUAUGGCGAAUCAUACUGCGGCGCACCCCGAGGGGAUAUUAGACCAAUUCAACCUGAAGAGUUUCUUUGGCGUCACUGGAGAGACUGGAUAUUUCGAAAAGAAAGAUGGAUGGGAACGUAUCCCACCUGGUUGGGGACGACGAGCUAUUGGUGACGAAUAUGGUAUCCUAAGCUUAACAGAAGAUAUAUUAUAUUUCGCAUCCGAAUACCCCAACACCCUCACCGUCGGCGGCAACACCGGCACCGUCAACUCCUUCACCGGCAUCGAUUUCUCCGAUCUCACCGGCGGCGUGUACAACCUCGAAUCCCUCUUCGAAGGCAACAAUCUCGCCUGCUUCCUCCUCCAAAACGCACAAUUGACCGCGCCGGAUUUUCUGAAAAACGUCUUUAGCGAUAUCACCGAACCGGUGGGCAUCUUGUCCUCGACUACCGAGGGCAUCUUGGGCUCGAUUGGAGGCUGUCCGCAAUUGAUGGAUCCGGAUCAGUCGAAGUUUCAGUUUUCUUCGUUUCCGGGUUCGGGGCCGACAAUUUGAGAGGGUGGAGUGGGGUGGUGAGUGGGGAUUGACAAUUGGGAUGAUGAAAUGGGAUGGUAUAGGGAGGGACGAUUUGAUUGAGCAUAGCGUGGGAGGAAUUCGAUUGUAUUGGUGGAUGGGUUUGCUCUUCACAUUAGAUGUGGUUAUAUUUAUUUGUAGUUCAUUCGAUAUGUUCUCCGGUGGUUUACUCUGUUCAUUUCUUUUCUCUGUUUAUCUAGGUACCUAUUAGGGGUUUUUGGAUGGAUGGAUCAACUCGCAUUGGUUUAUAUCCCGUAGCAU